AUGCAAGCUCCUACGUCUGUGACAGUUCACCCUGUGGUCCUCCUCUCUGUUGUGGACCACUACAACCGCGUCGCCUCGGGUUCUCGCAACAAGCGGGUCGUCGGUGUCCUCCUUGGCGAAAAGUACAAGGACGGCCGCAUCGACGUUACCAACUCGUUCGCUGUGCCGUUUGACGAGAACUCCAAGAACCCGGGCAUCUUCUACCUCAACCAUGACUUUCUCGAGCGCAUGUUCGGGAUGUUCAAGAAGGUUGCAGCCAAGGAGAAGAUCGUCGGCUGGUACCACUCGGGCCCCAAGAUCCGCGAGUCUGACCUCGCCAUCAACGAGAUCUUCCGCGGCUACGUCCGCGACCCGGUCCUGACUAUCAUCGACGCGUAUUACGCUGUGGAGGAGAUUCCCGAGGACGGCUCGGAGCCGCGCAAGACCUUCCGCCACAUCGCCUCGGACAUUGGCGCCGAAGAGGCCGAAGAGGUCGGCGUCGAGCACCUGCUCCGCGACAUCAACGACUCGACUCUCUCGACCCUCUCCAACGAGGUCAAGCACAAGCUUAACGGCCUGCGCGGACUCGGCGAGCGCCUUCGCGCCAUGCAGAAGUACCUCGAAAACGUGGUCAACGGCGUGCUUCCGGUCAACCACGAGAUCGUCGCCCAGAUUCAGGACGUCUUCAACCUCCUGCCCAACAUCUCGUCCGAGGGCAUGGUCAAGGCCUUUGCCGUCAAGACCAACGACAACAUGGUUGUCCUCUACCUCGCUGCCCUCAUCCGCUCCGUCCUUGCCCUCCACAACCUGCUCAACAACAAGAUCUUUACCAAGUCUGCGGAGCAAAAGGCCGAUGAAGAGCUCGAUGCCGCCGACGCUGCCGCCGCAAAGUCGGCUGCCGCUGCCUCGGCCGCCGCCACCGACGCCUCGAGCAGCGCAAAGUCCGGCAAGGACGCCGAGUAG